UACCUGCGCUCUGAUACGAAUGUAUUUAAACAGUUCCUAUCCACCCGACGCUAAACGUAAUUUUCUUCCUAUUUUUUUUUUAGAAAUGUCGCGUCUUAAUUAGCUUAGUUGAAUGGAAGUGUGCCCGCCGUUCAUUACGCUCCUUUAAUUAAAUAGCAGUGCAACAUGUGAUUAAAAUUUUGGCGAUGCAAUGUUUUGUUUUCGUUUCGGCGGUUUUGAUGGGUUGAUUUUCUGCGUUUCGGGCAGUAGACGAUGGUGAUGGUUCGGUCGAUGUGCUGAGUGUGUCGGGGUGCGGAUGAUGAAGCUCGAAGAUGUGGUCCUCGGAUGAAGACAGUCAGCUGCGCCAGCAGCAGCAGCAAACCCGUCGGGCCGGAAGGACCUUCGAGGCGGAACUGCAACUGAGGUACCUAUCGCCGGGUGCAUUUACGAUAUUGCCACCCGAUGUGCAGGGUGCGCCGCCGGAUUCUCCUCCGGCAAUCAAUAAUUAUAGGCUAACGCCCACAGCACGUCGCCAUCGAAAUGCGGCAUUUUCCAUCAUAGCCGAAUCGUGUAGCAAUCCAGGAUCGCGCAGCCCCUCUCCAACGGGAAGAGUCAGUCCUUUCCGUGGUCGCGGUUUUAAUCCAAUAGGUUCACGACAUGCGUCGCCAGCACCAUCUCCUCGGCACGAUGACAGCAGAGGGCCUUCCUUUCACCACCAGCAAAGGGAGGAGACGUCGUGCGGCAAACAACGGUCGAAAAUACCAACGCUGUCGCGCCGUGGAAGCAACGCGGACCUUUAUCUGGAGAAGCCGGUUGCUGGACUGCCGCCGAGAGCUCUCAGAUCUAGAACGAAUCUCACGCGAGAGUACAGCAAGAGCAUGACGAACGUCUCGCCGAAGCAGCUAAGCCAGAAGACCCUGCACGCUCCGAAUAAACACGCGAAACCCCCGGCCUUUCAGAAGUUGUCACCGAUCGUCGGCAGCUCGCCGGAGCGAACCCCAGAAUCCGGAAGGUUGAGACCUUCUCCGUCGAAGAUACCCCGAAGCAGAAGCCAGCCUCCCGCUUCUCGCGCCUCGGGAACGACCAGCGAAACCGGUUCCAAAUCCAGUUCGAGAAACGCGAGUAGAGACCAAAGUCCGCUCAAAAUUCCUAACAAGAACAAUUACAAAAAUGUCAAAGCGAAAGUGAAUAGUUUUAAUUCGAUUAAACCGAAAGUGCCUAUCAAACCACAAGUGCCUAUGCCAAAACUAGAACGAAAAAACAGCAAAGUUAGUGUUACGCAAUCGAGUAGUGCCUCAAACAGUCCCGCAAAGGGCCGGACGAAAGUUAGUGCAAAAAGUGAGCCCUCCCGAAUUGAGCUGGACGAUAUUGAAAACGACGCCGUAUCGUCCAAAGCGUCCAGCCCCCAGAAGGCGGCGGAUACGUUUACAGCAUCCUCGACCGUCGUGUCCAGCACGACCACAACUGCGACGAAACCUCUCAAAAUCGACCUGGGCGACAACGACAAGGACUAUCUUCCCGACGUGCGAGCCUUGAGCGCGACGAGCGUUUCGACCGCCCUCAAUCGCAUGAACGACACCGUCUUGGACACAAGGACCCUGAUGAAGGACACGAACAUGUCAUCCCGAAUUCCGCCGACCGUCGUGUCGGCCGAAAAUUCGCCGGCCACCGAGGCGACCCCCGCGUUGGGGAUGAACAACAACGUCGAGGAGGUGAACGCGAAGAGCGGCACGAACGGAAGAACGCACUCGCCGCGGCACAGCGUCGUGGGGCUAGACGUGCUGCCGAAAAGCGCGAACGAAAGGAUUCGGGAGGCGAGGACCGUCGUCGCAACCGACGUGCAACCCAUACGGAUUAUGGUCAAGGAGAAGCCCUCGAAUCCGGAGGUGCAGAGCGGAAACGUGAGGCUCGCUGUUAGCGCUACGAACGGGAUCAGCGAGCGGCCAGGAUUGCCGCCGCCGCAAUCGCCCCAGGAGGAAGCGGCGGCGACGACGAGCGAGCCUCCCAAAGGCAUCUGCGGGAGACUCUUCGGCCGCUGCGCGAGGCAGACGAAGACGAAGCAGAAGAAGCGCAAAUGGUGGUUCGGAAAGAAGGAGGACGAUCAGGUGGCGGAGAAGACGAAGUGGUGGCAAAAGUUGACGUGCUGCAAGAGGAAAAAGGUCGGCGACGUCGAGCAAGGUGCCAACGGGGGUGCGAAACGGAAGGACAGCUGGACGGAGAGAAGGGACAGUUACAUCGGCGAACCACCAAUGUUGAGUUCAAAAGACAAAUGCAAGAAUUUUUUGCGAACGAUCUGCUGCCUAAAUAUAUGCGCGAAAAGGCGGAGAAAGGCGGAGGAAGAGGCGAUCAGACGACGAGAGUCGCUGAUGAGCAAGAAGAAGAGCCUCACACCUUUGGCAACAGUUGUAGAGGAACCACAAACUUCAAAAUUGGACGCCGGUUUGGUGGACCACACGUCAGUCAUGAAGGCCGCGAUUCCAGUGCUUCCCGUACCUUUAGCUUGGUUAUGUUUAAUCCUGAACAUUUUUAUUCCCGGUUUCGGAACCAUCCUCAGCGGAUUUCUGUGCUUGUGUAUAGGAAAACCGAGAUUCUCGCAGAAAGACGGACCGAAACCCAGAAUAGGCGCUUGCAUUAUAGACUUUUUCAUAGGAUGCGGACAGCUGUUUACAGUAUUAUUCUGCCUGGUCGGUUGGGGAUGGUCCAUCUGGUGGGGAAUUAUAAUGCUUAAAUUGGCGAAAAAAUAUCGCAAGAUCAGACGGGCGGAGAAGGCGAUGGAGGAGGACGCUCAAAACGCGGCGACCCUCAAUCACCUGGACGUCGAGAGGGGAGUGUAAUACGAACAAUUUGUCUUUUUCUAAAAGGUGUACCCAUUUACUAUUGUGGAGGUUUCGGAUCUACGAAGCUAUCUCAGUGUUCAAGCGGAAUACUGUUAGUGUAAGGAGGAUAGUUUUUCAUAUGACAAUAGAUUUGUACAGUAGGUAAUAAACUUUUUAUACAAUUGUUAAGUAAAUAUAGCAAAAUAUUUUUGCUGCCCGUUGUUAAAGAAUUUUGUAACAAAAACUGGAAGCUUCUUUCGAUAUUGCAUGCUUCCGAAAGGUUGUAGCUGAUAAACCACUUCUUCCAGUGCAGAUUUUGGAUGGGAUGCGUGUGCGACCAAGUUACAUCGAUCAUUUCAUACAUAUCAGACCUGCAAAUGGAAGUACCUAGCUUAAAAUUAUAUGAAAUAAGAAAAUACUUGUAAAGCAAUUUGUACAUAAUCUAUCUAAAGGAGUGUAUUUUAUUGUACCUAAACUUAUGUUAAAGUAAACUACAAAGUGGAUCAA